AUGGCGACAGUAACCACUCACAUUAGCGACAAUCAUGCUCCCUGGUAUGAAAUCUUCAUCACUCUUGUGGUCUGCACAAUAGGCUGUAUCGUUGGUAUCAUUGCCAAUGGUUUCAUCAUGGUCAUCUACGGGACUGAAUGGGUCAGGAGCAAAAGAUUCCCAACUCGUGACCAGCUUCUGUUGAUGCUGAGUUUCUCCAGGCUCUUGCUACAGAUCUGGAUAAUGGUAGAGAUCACUUGCAGUCUAUUCUUCAGGAUCAUUUAUAGCCAAAACUGCAUGUAUAAGCUCUUCAAAGCUGUCAACGUGUUUCUGAGCUACUGCAACCUCUGGUUUGCUGCCUGGCUCAACGUCUUCUACUGUCUGAAAAUCGCAAACUUCGCUCACCCUCUGUUCCUGCUGAUGAAGCGGAAAAUCACGGUGCUGAUGCCUCAGCUCAUGAGUCUCUCUGUGCUGGUUUCCAUCGGUUUGAGCUCCUUCUUCUCUAAAGACAUCUUCAAAGUGUACAUGAACAAUUCUGUUCCCAUUCCUUCCUCCAACUCCACGCAUAGGAAGUAUUUCUCUGAGACCAAUGUGCUCAGCCUGGCUUUUUUAUAUUACGUGGGGAUCUUCAUUCCUUUAGUCAUGUUCAUCAUGGCAGCCACUCUGCUGAUUGCCUCACUCAAGAGGCACACCUUGCACAUAAAAAACAGCACCACGGGCUCCAGGGACUCCAGCAUGGAGGCUCACUUGGGUGCCAUCAAGUCAACCGGCUACUCUCUCAUUUUCUACGUUAUCAAUGCACUGGCUCUGUUCAUUUCCAUGUCAAGCAUCUUUGAUACCUUCAGUUUCUGGAAUAGUCUGUGCAACUUUAUCAUGACUGCCUAUCCAGCUGGCCAGGCAGUGCAUCUAAUCUUGAGAAACCCUGGGCUGAGAAGAGCCUGGAGGAGGUUUCAGCACUGCGUCCAUCUUUUACUUUCAAAGGUAGAUUAG